UUUUAUUUCUUGAUAAAUUAAGAAAUUCCACAUAAAUAUAUAGAAAAUGUAUACGCGUGUAUAUAUUGCAAUGCCAGUUUAGAGUCAUUUCGUUUCGCAUUUCGCCCAUGGGAUAUCCCCAUCCCCCCUCGGGAUCCUCGAACAUAUCACUGCGCAACAGUAGCUUCUAGCAUGUUGUUCGAGUGCACGGCGGAUGUUUGCAAUCUUGAAAGUGGUUUGGAGUGCAUACUUUGUAUUUUGCACUUUUGCUGCCGGCAUCCGGCAUCCAGCACGGCACGCGAUACAAGGAAGGAGAAAGAGAAGAAACGUAACAAUUGCACAGUGCACAAUCCACAGAUUUGCGGGCUGGAGAAGGGGAAGAAGAAAAAGCUGGUAUAUACGACAUGAGUAUAUGUUUCAUCUCCGUUAUUACGUACAAUAUAUAUAUAUAUAUAUAUAUGUAUAUAUAUAUAUGCUCUACUAUUACGUGAUCGCAGAAAGUCCACGCAAAAUACCACUGAUUGACGUCAGCAGCAGACAGUUCCUCGUCCGUGCCUCUCUCUUUCUCCUCCUCUCCAUCUUAAAUCUCCCACUCAAUCGUCGCUACCACCACCAUCAUCUCGGCACGACGUGACGGCAUUUGACUCAUCCGCUCUCGUUCUUGCUAACCUGACUUUAUGCUCCAAAGGCUACGCGCGAUAGUUCAACCGUCGCGCCAGGGCUGCCAGGACGGUGCAGCUAGUAACGCACGUAGCUCGACGUACGCGAACUCGACUUUCGAUUGUCGACACCGAGUACACUGAGAUGGCACCGGCCCUCAGCAAAUUCGCCACCAGACGCACCCUGGCCGGCGCGGUCGCGGUCAGCACGCUUAUCUGGAUACUAAGGAACCGCAGAAGGUGGACGAGUAAAAAAACCAAGAACCAAUGGCCUGUUAACAAUGACAUUCAGUAUAUUAUCAAGGAGGAAAAACCAAAGAGUCCCAAGGCACAGAUCAAUGCCGUCUUCUUCCGUAGGCUCUAUCAAUUACUUAAAAUCGGUAUCCCUGGUGUAUUAUCACCAGAGUUUGGUUUUCUACUUUUGGUGGCGACCGCCCUAAUUGGCAGAACUGUGUGUGACUUGUGGCUUAUCAACAAGGCUACUUUGUUAGAAACGUCAAUUGUCAACAUGAAUAAUCUAUUAUUCAGGCGAUAUUUGCUCCAUUUAUUUGGUUUAGUACCAAUGAUAGCGAUCGUGAACAACACACUGAAGUAUGCUUUAAGCGAAAUGAAGUUAAGGUUGCGUACGAAUAUCACACGUAAUUUAGUGGAUGAUUAUCUUAAAGGCUUUACCUAUUAUAAAAUGAGUAAUCUGGAUAGCCGAAUCGCGAAUCCGGAUCAGCUGUUAACUACAGACAUUGAUAAAUUCUGCGAAAGCUGUACAGAUCUUUACAGCAAUAUGGCGAAGCCUCUAUUGGACAUUGGUCUUUACGUAUACAGAUUGACAACUACUCUUGGCGGACAGACGCCACUUGUUAUACUCUCGUAUUUAGUGAUAGCUGGUACCUGUUUGACUCAUCUUCGCAAGCCUAUCGGGACAAUGACUGUCAAAGAGCAACGAUUAGAAGGAGAAUAUCGUCAUAUCAAUUCAAGGUUGAUCGUUAACUCGGAAGAGAUAGCGUUUUAUGGAGGAAAUAAUAGGGAAAAAUUGACGCUGUUAACUAGCUUUCAUAAACUUGUAACUCAUCUUCGUAAAUUCUUGGAAUUUAAGGCUUUGAUGGGCGUUGUAGAUAAUUAUAUUGGAAAAUAUUUUGCCACUAUAAUCGGCUUCUACGCAGUGAGCAUACCUUUCUUCCAGAAGAACCAUCCUAUACUUUCCGGCACGCCUGAUCACAGAUUCAGAUUGUACUAUACUUACGGUCGGAUGUUGGUGAAAUUGGCUGAGGCGAUCGGCCGAUUGGUGAUAGCUGGUAGGGAAUUGACGCGUUUGGCGGGAUUCACAGCGAGAGUCACUGAGAUCAAAAUAGUUCUCGACGAUUUAAACGCUGGAAAAUACGAGCGAACGAUGAUCUCAGAUUACAAAGACAAAGUGAUCGGUUAUCCUGGUAAAGGCAAAAUUGUACCACGCGACAACAUCAUACGGUUCGAUAAUGUUCCCCUAGUGACGCCGAAUGGAGACGUGCUCGUCAAGGAGCUGUCCUUUGAAGUGAAAUCGGGAAUGAAUGUACUGAUUUGCGGUCCAAAUGGUUGCGGCAAGAGCUCUAUGUUUAGAAUUCUCGGCGAACUGUGGCCGGUUUGGUCUGGAACUAUUACAAAACCACCGCGUGGUAAGCUCUUCUACAUUCCGCAACGUCCUUACAUGACACUGGGUACAUUGAGAGACCAGAUCAUAUAUCCUCACACGAAGGAAGAAAUGAAGAGACGUGGUAACAUUACUGAUGAGGACUUGAAGAAGUUCUUAGAACUAGUACAAUUAACUCAUCUAUUGGACAGGGAGAGUCUCGUCAACAAUGAAAAAGAGGCUUGGGACGCAGUGGCUGAUUGGAUGGAUGUCUUAUCGGGUGGCGAGAAACAACGUAUAGCAAUGGCUCGGCUAUUUUAUCAUAAACCGCAAUUCGCAAUUCUGGACGAGUGCACGAGUGCUGUCAGCGUCGAUGUCGAGGAUUCCAUGUACAGAUACUGCAAAGAAGAGAACAUCACGCUAUUCACAGUCUCACAUCGUCGCUCCCUUUGGAAGCAUCAUGAGUACUACUUACACAUGGAUGGCCGCGGAAGCUACGAAUUCAAGCCGAUCGAGCAAGACACUUUAGAAUUCGGAUCGUGAAUUCUUGCAUUUCUUGCACACGCGGAAAUGCGUCAGUACGCAAGGAAUUUAUCUUUCUUUUUCCUUUUACUUUACGAUUAUUCAACAAUUCCAAUAAUUUUAUAGACGACAUUUUAUCUUUUAAUUAGCAAUUUUUGUAAGUAUAAAGUAUCACGACAAAAUCGAUUAUUAAAUAUUAAAUCUAUAUAUAAUUGCACAGGAUGCCUUUAUACAGAAUGUAUAUGUACUGUACAGAAUGUAUGUAUUAUACAAAUGUAAUAGUGAUAAACGCGGCGUUGUCGCGAUCAUUUUUGGCGCUAUCGUAAAUUUCUUCGCGUAGAUAUGUAAUCAAAUCUGCCAUGCACAAAGAUAUAUUAUAUUUUUCGAUUAUUAUUUUUCUACAAGGUAAUAUAUUUUUGAUAAUAUAUUGUCAUUGUCGAAGAUACAUCGAGCUUAGAACGUAUAUGAUGUUAUCAUAUAUAAAUGACGUAUAAUACUUUUAGAUUUUCAUAUCCCUAAGGCAUGAUGGAAAUAUGUUAGAUAUAUUCGUUUUCGAAACGAAUUUCAUACUGUUCUGCGCAUAACCAGAUGCGGCCAUUUUAAACAUUUGCAUCGCGGUAACUUUGACGUGACGCAAAGUGAUAUUUCGCGAAAAUGAGUAUGUGUCAAAUAAAAACGUGCAC